GCCGGCGGCGGGGUCUCACCGCCUCUUCUUGCCGUCCCCCCGCAGGGAGCGACCGGCCCCCCGCGCCACCAUUGCCUCGCACGGCAAGGAGGACCUGCUCGCCGCCGCCGCCCGGCUCUGGCAGCGGAGGAGGCGGCUGCUGGCCGCCGCCGGGCUCGCCCUGGCCAUGGCCGUCGCGCUGCUGGUCGCCGUACCCCUGCUGCUGCUGCAGGCGCCCGCCGACACCGGCGCCCACUACGAGAUGAUGGGCACCUGCCGCAUGAUUUGCGACCCGUACAGCGGCGGGCGGCCGCCCGGCCCCGGCAGCACCGCCGCCGUGGAGGCCCUGCAGGACCUGGGCGCCAACCCCCCGCCGCCCUUCGUCCAGGGACCCAAAGGGGAGCCGGGCCGGCCGGGCAAGCCGGGCCCCCGCGGGCCGCCCGGGGAGCCGGGGCCGCCGGGGCCGCGGGGCCCGCCAGGGGAGCGGGGGGACGCGGGCAAGCCGGGGCUGCCCGGGCUGGCGCUGGCGGGCACGGGCGGCGGCGGGAGCGGCGGCGGGGCGGCGGCGGGCGGAGAGGCGGCGGGAGGGCUGAGCGCCGCCUUCAGCGGGCCGCGCAUCGCCUUCUACGUGGGGCUGAAGAGCCCCCACGAGGGCUAUGAGGUCCUCAAGUUCGACGACGUGGUGACCAACCUGGGCAACCACUACGACCCGGCCAGCGGCAAGUUCACCUGCCAGGUGCGCGGCAUCUACUUCUUCACCUACCACAUCCUCAUGCGCGGCGGCGACGGCACCAGCAUGUGGGCUGACCUCUGCAAGAACGGCCAGGUGCGGGCCAGUGCCAUCGCCCAGGAUGCGGACCAGAACUAUGACUAUGCCAGCAACAGCGUGGUGCUGCACCUGGACUCCGGCGACGAAGUGUACGUCAAGCUGGAUGGAGGCAAAGCACACGGAGGCAACAACAAUAAGUACAGCACUUUCUCUGGCUUUCUUUUAUACCCCGAUUAACACACAACAAGCAACAUGACACAAGUGGCCCUGCCACUGAUGCUUGUGGGGCUGUUUGGCAUUUCCGUAUCCCAUCAUGCUGCUGUUCUGCUGGUAUCCACUGUCUCCACAGGUCACUUUAGCGUCAUUAUCAGUUUGUAUGUCUUUAUUUUUACUCCUGUGGAAAUGAAAUAGAAGUGAAACAAAGCAAUCCCCUUCUUUACUCUCCUGCAUUUCUUCUGACUGCCCUCUCCCUUUGUCAGCCUGCGUGUUUUGUGUGUCACACGAGGAACUCGGCAGCUUGAAACUCUCAAGUGGUUCCUGGAGGGUUUAAAAGAGCCCAGAGUUCAGACUGUGCCACAUACAGAAUUUGAACCAGUCACAUUUUUUCAUCAAAAAAGUAUUAAUUACGAUGAUGAAUUUUCAGAUCAACUAUUGCGAAGUGGGACUGGGCCAUAACUGUUCUUUCCUCUGCUGCUUUGUAUGGGGUCAAUUGUAAACUUUUCUUUCUGUGCUAUGCAAUGCUCAUGUGAAUGAUGGUGUCAUUAACGUCAAACCUGUUUCUGUCUGCAAAAGGAUUUGGUCGCUGACCACAGUCACCAAAAUAUCACAUUAAAUUAUGUUUUUAGACAAUGCCUUUUUGCUUUCUGUCUCUUCCAGUGCUGCAAAGAAGCACCAUGGUGCUGCCACAGGAGGGUGGGUAGAGGAGGGGGUCACUUUGGUCCCUUAGGUUUGCAGCAAAAUUUAAAGGUUUUUUUUAAAGGAUGGGGCACCUUGCCUAAGUCUUGAUUAUGGCUCAGGGGGGCUGGGAAGAAGCAGAGGGAGAGGAAAAAAAGCUUCACCUUUGCGCAGUUUUGUAAAAAGGAGACACGCUGUCAUCAAGAGGUGAAAGUGGGGCUGUGGAGCAGAUCUCCUGAACAGAUUUACUGGGUUUGAACCUGAUCUACAGGUUAACAAAGUACAGGAAAAGCAGUUUAAUCAGUGAUUAUGGAAAGCCAUGUUUCUAUAACAUGCUUGACAAAUGCAAGGAGGCAGCAGGGGAGAGAGUCUGUCUAAACCCUCGCACUUGCAGUGUGUGUAUGGGUUGGAAACCACACCUAACUGUAGGUGGGUCUGCACAGUGCCUGAGAUGGGCUAGGAGAGAAAGCUUGCUCAAGACUGACGAAUUCAGACCAUCUAGAAAGGUUUUCUUUUGAUGUCCUCAGUAAAUUCCAGCCACUCUGUGUCUUUUUAAGAAUGCACAGAUGUGUAACUACUGCAUGUGGUUCUGAGCCUUUAGUGUAGGAGGUGCAUCUUUCAUCAUCACCCCAAUAGGUAACCUCCUUAGUUUGGGUAAAUUGGUGAAGCUAAAACAAUUAAAUUGGUUUACACAAGCACUUAGUUUCAUUUUACUGUCUUGUCAUUUCGUUUUUUCCUUCUGAAGAUCUUACCUCCCUCUCAUUUUUCUGCCCUUUGCAGCUUUAGUGCAGUUUCACAAGUAAGAGAGACAGGAGCUGGACUGAAAACAGCUCUGCCAAGGCUGGAGCUUUGCCCCUGCCCUGAUGUUGCAGGAGGAAGGGGAACCCAGUUGGUUGGACUUGGUCCAGCCCCACUUUGGGGCAGCCCUGUGAUGACUGAGUUAUUACAAUUACUUCUGUCUCCUACCUGGUCCUUGGUGGGUAUUUUCUACUCAUUGGCUAGAAGAGGAGGGUCAAAGAGAGAAAGCAAUUCCUUCAUCCUGUCCUCAAACUCUCAAAAAUGUCCUCAAACAAAAAAAUCCCAGUCGAGGGAAGCAGAGUUCAUAACCAGGUACAUGUGUUAGACACUUAUCAAUCUCUGAUGUGUUGUCGAUUUGUACUAUUUAGAAUAUGAUUAAAACCAGUGUCUGAGACCCAAAUGAAGUAUAAUUGCUAUGGAUCCUCAAUUCCCACUGGAUCCGUAAUCCUUUUUGACUAUUCCUCCCCCCUCCUUCAAUGAAAUGGAGCUUAGACACAAAGCCCUUGGUUUAAAUUUCAAAAAAUUAAAAUUGACAUGCAGCAGCAUUAGCAGGAGCCAGGAGGAAUUCUAAGGAGGUGCCUGGGCUGUGCUUUAUCCUUUGCAUUAAGAAGCAAUUUGUACUUCUAACAAAGACCCAACUGUUCCCCCUUGGCAAAAGGGCAAUGAAGAUGCCUUGCAAGGGAAUUGCUGUUCACAAUACUUAAACAAAUUUGAAUCUUAGAUUUUUAAAUCUGUAUUCCCUGGUGGAGCCUGCUCCUCUCAAUUCAAAUGCAGGGCUGGUGGUGUGUGCCUGCCAAGGUGUCAGUAGCUAAGCAGAUGAUGGAUUGAUGAGGCAAUGGGAAGACACAGGCUCACAGUGGUGGUUUGCCCCGACAGUGAUCUAUGUAUCUGCACAUUAUCAAUGUCAUGAGGAGGCUUGAACCACCCUCGCUAGAUGUCUCAUUUUCCACUUACCUCUUAUGUACUAAUUAUCAGGCUGGAUUAUUCCCCAGGAUAGAAACAAAAAAAAAACCCGCUCAUUGCCCCUCCACUGACAGUUUACACGAUCGAUAGAAUGAAUGUCUCCCUCGGCUGCUCAUAGGCUUUUUUGUUUCCUCUCCUCAUUGCAGGGUCUUCCGAGAUUGCCUCUGUGGGGGGUUGAUGGCUCUCACCCAGAAUCUGCAGUGGUGGUGCUUGAACAGGCUCCUCUGUCCCACUCAUCUUGGUAGUAGCUCAGUGUGUGGGUUGUGUUUUUUUUCUGAAGUAACACAGGGAAAAGCAAUUGGGAGAUGAAAAACUUCAGUGCUUAGUGGUGCAUUUACCCAGAAAAGCAGAGGCAGCGCUGCAGAUGGGGAUGGUGGUCCCUGUGCUACUCGUGUCUAUGGGUGAGAGAAGGGUCAUGUACAGCCCAGCAAGCAGCCUGUAGCAGGCUUGUAACCCUCUGGGCUUCAACUGAGUUGUCCUCCCCUUGGCAAUGGUCCGUGGGUUCUACAUGGCACAAAGAGAAGGGGCUGUUUGUAGAGGGGAUACCCUGGUCCCCUGGUUUGAAUCAGAAGAGGAGAAUUAAGGUGUACUUAGAGGCUGACUUCAGCUUUUUCUGGGACCAGCUUUCCCAAAUGAUACUGGGAGCUCAAAUGACCAAUAGCCAGUGUCUGCUCUGGAGGUCUGAUCCCUUGGAGGUGUUAUUUUACUUGGUGAGUUAAGCAAAUGCUUUUAAGAACUGUUAGGUGAUCAAGUGUGAUGUGAAUAGGGAAUGCCCCCUGAAAGGAGAGGAAUGUUGGAGUCUUAGACAAAAGGUGCUUCUGUUUUGUACCCAGCUGUGUGUUCAGGUUAAAAUUAUAAUACAGAAGUUAAGAUUUAAAAAAAAAAGACAGGUGUUCGUGCUGUCAGAGUAACUUAGAUACUGUAGCAGCAGAUCCCCGAUUUUAGUGAAACUUUAUUCUGUAUCUGGUCAGCACUGGCUAGGGAAGGGAACCCUGGAGUAGAGGGGAGUGGGGAGACAUUGAAGCGCACAAAACACGGUGGAAGGGGCAAUUGGGAUGCUGCUGAGACCCCUGAGAGGAGUGCCAACCACCCCUGGUCUGUGGUUGUUCCCUGGAGGAAGGUGUUCAGGUUACUCUGCUCUCCCGAAAGCCCAAGCCAGUAUUUGUGACUGGGCACUUGUUUUCUUCUGUUUUGGCCUUCAUUGGCUUGGGAAACUCCUGGCAAGUCUCUAGGGAGAUGGGUGAGGAAAUCCUUCCUUGGCUUAAGUGAAGUAGGUGAGCUGCUGGGGCUGAGGUGUCACCAGCCAGUGUAGAGAGUUUUCUGACAAACCUGUGCUGCAAGAGCACCUGGAGUCUGGUGUCCCACAUGAAGUCUGAUGCCUCUGUGUUUUUCAGAAUGUCCGUUUGCAGAUUUUCUCCUUGUUGCUCAUUUCCUUGUAAAGUAGUGCCUGGGUCAGUGGGGCUCACAGGCCCACAGCAGGACAGAACAGCCCCGUGUCUGGGUUCUCCUCUUUCCCUUUUCCUGUUAGAAAAGCAAAGUGCUGCUUUCUGUGCCUCAUGGCUUAACAUGUGUGCAUUGAACCAUGCUUUGGUCUUCAUCUUGCUGCUUUUGAAACUCACUCCGGACAUUUUUCUUGGUGAUUUAAUGCUUGUUUAUCUUUUUACUUGGCUUCUCCAGUGGCUUAUGGUGCCUGGAUGGGUUUAAUUUGUGCACUCACAAAGUAGGGACAAUGGGUUUUGGUGGAUGCUCAUGUGUCCUUUUUCUGUUUAUGCCACAGACUAAUUAUAUUAAGGGAUCUGUGACACACAGAGGUGAAACGGCAUAUAAAUCUAUUUCAAAUCUGUUUGUGUUAAAUACCUUUUUUUGUAACAUGCCAUUUUUUUCCUUAUUGUGAUUGGAAUGAACUCUGGGAAAAAAUCCUGGUAAAAUCCUGUGUCUUAGUAUUGUGUCUGAGAUAAAGGAGCCUGUCAGAAUAAAAUAAAGACUAACUGAAUCUUCACUGA